AUGUCCGUAGGUUACCAUUUACCCAAGCGCUUCUUCCCUUUCCCUUUCCCUUCGCUCCAUUGGCGUUUCAUUACGAUAAGCAUCAAUUCGCUCGUCCCAUUCUUGUUUCCUGGUACGCCCCCUAAAGGCUAUUUGAAUCAACUCGAGAAGUUUCACCAAGUGUUCAGCUUCAAAACGAUGGGAAUUAAAAGUUUAAAUGACCUCAAGACAAGCCUGGAAACAUUAUUCCAUGGCUUCACUGUCGAUUUCAUUUUCAGUAAGAAAGGGAAAGCAAAAGAAGAGAAGACCAUCGAAAACCAUCGGUUGACUUUAAAGGACUUUGAUUUAGCCGAAAUCGAAGCUGGUUACAGGCCCUGCUUGAUUGAUCCCUGGGAGAAAAGACGUCUCACAGCAGCGAUAGGGCUGGACGAUGAAAAGCACCAAGUGCGAAGAUGCUCUACCAAAGA